GUCCCUAUAUUUCUCGCUUUAUUCGUCUCCUCAGGCCUAAUAAUUCAAUAUGAUUUUUAAUCACCUUCUGUCAAGAACUGCUGUGGAAAUGUGAUAGCAGGUGAAUAGGCUAAAUGAGUAAAUAAUGAAAAUAGGCUACAUUUUCACUUAUAGCCUAUCCCUGACAAAUAAUAAUGAGAUUGAAAAAGAUAAGCCUUGAUUCAUUGCUUUUAAAUGCCAAAAGAAAUUACACAGUCGUAAAACCCACCUGUAAAUCAGUGUCCAGAGUGAUCUACGUGGGGCUCUUUUCCUUUUUGCCUUCCAAAACGAUUAUGAGGAAUGGGCGGAGCGGGUUGAAGUCUGAGACACAGAUUACUACACUCGCCUGCCAGACACUCAGAUUCACUCCAGAGCGCGUGGGUGAGUGUUCAUCGCGCGGAGGGGCCUGACGCACGAGAAUGCUAAACGUUCCAGAGACUGAACACCACCGGACAGGCUUCAAGAGAAAAGCGCUCCUCAAAUCCGUGUCGCUUAACUGGACCAUAACAUAACGGGAAUUGUGCUGCCAUCACUUACAAAGAGAGCGAGAGGGUCAAAUUGACCAGGUCCCGUCUUUGAAGGAUCCAUCAUGAGGUUGACGUUUACGACCAGCUGGAUAUUUCAAGGCUGGAUAGCGAUUCUCCUUAUUCAAGUGGUCCACUCCAAGCACUGUAAGCCCAACCAUUUUUUGUCCAAAGACAAACAGAGAUGCUGCAUCAAGUGUGAACCAGGGACGUAUGUGUUUGCCCAGUGCACCGCCAACUCGGAGACCAAGUGCCGUCCGUGUUCAGACAACUCAUACCAACCCGACUGGAACAGCGAUGACAAGUGCAUUCUGCAGCGCUUCUGCGACAAGGUGAAGGGUUUCAGCCAGGAUCGCCCCCAGAACCCCAAAGCGGCUGUCCCCUGCCCCUGCAUGGAGGGCUUCCGCUGCUCCUUGACCAACUGUGAGUGGUGCGAGCGUAUCCCGCAGUGCCCCUCCGGACAAGGGUUCACUACAGAAGUGUCGAGCCAGGGUAACUGUAAGCCGUGUCCCGAAGGAUACUUCUCUGACAACGUCUCUACUGACCCCUGCAGGCCCUGGACCAAGUGUAAGGACUUUGGGAAGCCUGAAGUAAAGCCUGGGACUGCCGAAAACGACGCUGUAUGUGGACCAGCAGUGCUCGUUUCCUCCACGUCUGGUGUGGUGGUAGCCAUUUUGUCUGUCAUCAUGGUCGUCUCUCUGCUCAUCCUCACUCUCUUCUGCUACAAGGACAAAAUGAAACUCCUCUCAGUGAACGUGAGAUCUUGUGUUCAAAACCUGAAAAGGAGCAGAAUACAACAGGAGACUAUGGCACCCCCUUACAACGGCCCCCAGCCCUGCACCUACGAGAUCACCCGUCUGCUUCGGCCGGACGAGUCGUCCACCCUGUGCCCCAGCACCGUGCUGACCAUCAGCCGGGAACAGGAGAGAGAGGAGUGCACGCCGGCCUCCCUCAGCCCUGUGGCAGUGGAGGGCACACCCAGCAGCCCCACACUGUCCAAGGGCAGCACACGGUCAUUGGAGGCCAGCUGCACAGCAGUGGAGCUGGAGAGCGUGAGUGUAGGGGUGGAGGGAUCCACCCUGCCUCUAUCAAGCAGCUCCAACUCCAGCUCCAGCUCAACCUCCAGUUCCGGGUUGAGAUCCAGUUCUGGCUCCGGAUCCGGGUCCGGGUCCAGAUCCAGUUCUGGGUCUUGCAGUUGUGGCGCCACCAUGAAGGAGCCGGUGGAGCUGGGGGAGAAUGAGGACUGUAGCCAGGUGGUGGCCAAUGGGCCAAGUGGGGCAUGCGCGUGCUCCUGCGGGGGCGCCGUGGAGCAAGGAGAGGAGGAGGACGAGGAGGAAGAGGAACAGGAGAGGGACAGUGGAGUAGUAGCCAGAAACAAACUUGGGAAGGCCACCAGAACAAAAGAACAAGCGCAGGGAGCUAAAGACAAGGCAGCAGGCAGCGCAACAGCAGCAGGAGCAGUUGUGGAGUUGCGAAAUCUAGGUAGCGCAGCAGGACUAUCCAGAGGACCAGAGGAGUCCCCGCUCUGCCAGAACUGCUGCCCCGAGGUGGGCGCCGUGGGCUCCCUGGGCUGUGCGGACUGCACGGAGCAACUUGGGGCUUCUCAGGAUCUUUACCUGGACUACAGCAGCCUCGGACAGGGGAAGGAGGCCAUGUCCGUAGCCUCUGCCAGGGGUCGGGGAGACGGGGGACAUCCGGUCGGCUCCGAGGUGCCCCAAGGCACCAUGGGUGUUAUGUACACGCCCACCAGCCCUAGAACAACAGACUUACAUGCUCACGGAGCAACGACAUCGCCAGCUCUGUCGUCAUCGUCAUCAUCAUCUUCCUCCUCCUCGUCAUACUUAUCAUCAUCGGCGUCAUCGGCGUCGACAGCGCUGAUGAGUGGUAGGGAGCAGGCCCUCUCGUCGCUGAGCUGUAGCAUGGACCUUAAGCUCUCCGAGAUGGACGUGCAGCAGGACUACCAGCCCCAAUGCCCCGAAACCGCUCUGGCUUCAGGUCAGGUGACUGGGAACAACAACACCACCUUCAUCUCCAACGGCCAGGUCAUGAACUUCAGCGGGGAGGUCAUCGUGGUCUACGUCAGCCAAACGUCUCAGGACGGCACCGGUGGAGGAGGAGUUGGAGGAGGAGGUGGAGGAGAAGGAGUACCAGGAGGAGGGGGAGGAGGAGGUCCAGAGACCAGUGAGCCCUUCAGCUGCCCUGUGCAGGAGGAGUCCAGCAGCAACGCACACAUCAGUGCCAACAACGAGGGGUCCAACGGCCCGAGCACACCCAAAAAGAGCCAGGCGCAUAGCCAGAGCCCGCACCCGCACCCGCACCCGCACCGGUCGGGGGCCAGAGUUCCACUGAGCCCGUCCAGGCCAGCACGGCAGGGCGGCAGCAUACCCGUCCAGGAAAUGGCACGACGGUGGCCCGGAGCAGUCAAAUGAGGGAGAGGGUCGUUCACAAGAUGGUGGAAAGACCAUGGAGGUGUGUUGUUCAUCAAAGCCAUCAAAACUCUAUUCAGCCUGUGUCUGAAAUGGGGACUCUUUCACUACAUACACAAUAAAAAUACAGUGUUAAUUCAACACUUCUAAACUUCUCUGGGACCAAACAGUCUGGAAGGUGUUACAUCGUAUCUCAAGUGUUGAAUUAACUCAUGCAUUUUUUAUACUGUGUAGCUGUUUGUUGCGUUGUUUUUCUCACUACAUUAUGCAGCAUGUAGUACAAGAGUUGACAUUUCGGGUUCAAACGUUUCAAAGAGUUGGAGCUGUAGCUUUCUUCUUCUUCAUGGUCUACGGUCUCCAUUCCUUAAAAACGGACCUUUGUUGAAGCACUGUGUUGAGGUGCUUCUGUUGUGUAUAUGAUAAAAUGCUAUGCAUUUGUUGAUUGUGUAUUAUAAGUGGCCUUUGCUGUCUACUACAUAUGGCCGUUUCUCAAUGCCCAGUGUUCUAGCCUUUUGCUAGGACGUGAAGCGCCCAGUGAUUGGAUACUCUUUAAUGAAGUCCGCUCCGCAGAGUAUCCAAUCACUGGGCGUUUCACGUCCUAGCAAGGCUAGAACACUGGGCAUUGAGAAAGGGCCAGUGUUUUCUACACUACAGCAUCAGAGUUACUUGAUGCUGCAGAUGCAGAUGUGGAUCAUUUAUUUUCCUGGAUUCAAAACUUGGAUGCCUUUGAACAUCUCAUUGACUGGUUUGUCAGAAGAUGCAUGCAUUUGUGUCUCCUCAGACAAUACUGAAAACAUUGUUUUCUUUCCUCUCUACUGGCAUACAAAGACGGAUGUACAGACAGACAGACAGACAGACAGACAGACACACGCUGCACGCUCAGAGAGACAAAACACAUACACAUAAACAUUCAAAUCAUAGACACAAAAGCGUGUGCGCACGCACGCACGCACAAAUGUGUAUACUUGGGCACUUUGGAGCAAAAGCAGAGAUGUCCUUUGAAAGAAACAGUGAAAGUACAGCAAACAGUAAAACAAAAGCAUAUUGUCUCCCUGCCUGUGUGUCUGGGUCUCUCUGAGGUGUCUCCAGGCACUUCGUCUAGCUGAGGUCGGCCACUCAGACAGGCGACUUACCAAUGCACACACACACUCACUCACACACACUCACACACACACACACACA